AUGUCCUCAGAGGAAGCAAAUGCAGCUGCCGAAGAAGAAAUAAAGUACUCCUUUUGGGAGAGGAGACUGGACGAGUAUGUGGCUAAGUGUCUUUCGGCUGGUUUGACCAGAGCGCAUCGCCAGUCGGGACGUGCCUACAGAGGUAUUGACGAAAUAAGAAGGGCAGUAAGCAGCAAUUUCCACCGUGGCACUUAUACGGACGCCGUGAGUUAUGAUCGAAUGCGUUCAACUCAGCGGCGCCCUGGCUCUCGAUUACGUGAAAAGAAAAAGUAUGCUAAUAAUGACCUCUGCAAUCUAACGCGAUAUGGAACAGCUAAAGAGACGUUGGUUUUUGCUACUGACACUAGUCCGUCCAGUUCGCAGUACGCCGAGACGCCAGACAUAGAUCACGAUGUUGCUAUCAGGGAGUUCUAUGAGAGGAUCCUUCUCGCAAAAAAAUGUCCUGCCGAACAGUCCAACCAACUGAGAGAGCUCAAGAAAUACUUCGACUACGUGAGAGAAUGUAAUGCCAACGGCGUCAUAAUCGCCCUUCUCAACAUCCAUACCCACAUAGAUUGCAAUAUGGACACAAUUAUGGCUCUGGAGAGCAGCGAAGGCAUCACAGUACUGCUCAAUUUGCUAGGUGCAGACGUGCCUCGCGUUCAAAAGGCAGUCAUCAAGGUACUCCUAAAACUAUGCAAGACAAUAUACUUCGCCAGGCUGGUGGUAGGACUAGGUGGGCUACCUUCUCUGGCCCGUCUAUUAUCUUCCAACGCUGAGGGUGUGUGCUACCAGGCAGCGGAAGUGCUGGCACAACUUGCUUAUCUAAAGGAAACACGAACCAUCGCCUACCGGACUCACCUCAUAAGUGAACUUGUCUGCUUGUUGGGACGACUUGUCUCGGAUGUGGAGCAGUUUUACGCACCCACGAAAAUACCCCUCGAGGAUGGGGUAGAAACGGAGGACGAGCAGGUGCUCAAGCUGCCCGCCCAGAUGGUGAAAGUAGUGGCUGCUACAGCUAGUGUGCUUAAAACCAUUUCUCGUUUGGCUAUGCAUUCGCCCAAUAUCGAGCUGAUUCGUCGGGCUGGAGCUGUUCCACUCGCAAUGCAACUCCUCAGUUGCCCGGAAAUAGAAAUCCUGGUGACGGCUUAUCAUUUCCUAUCCAUAUGCGCCAAGGAAGAUGUGAACAGAAAGACGAUAAUAACUGGGGACGCAUUGACAACCUUUCUCAAAGCCAGCGAACAUCCAAAUGUAAUGCUGCGGGUGAAUAGUACCAAAGUUAUAAGCAUGUGUCUGCUUGAGGAGUCAGUGCGUGAGGAUUUCCUGCGAAGAAACGGUUCUACCGGUUUCUUCCACGCGAUCAAACGGGAAUCAAAUGUUGUGAAAUCGAUAAUGUCGAGUUCCUGGCUAUCUGAAGAUCCAUUUGACACUAAAAUGCUCAUCGCGGUGGCCAAAGUGGCUCCUAGUAAAGAUGAAAAUCACACCACCUCGGGUGUUCUGACUUCGAUAGAUAUGCAGAACUCUCUGGAAGCCCAUAGUGGCGACAUGAACGCCAAACAUAUUCUCCUUCUCAGUUCCCUUCUCGAUGCUCUAACGGCUUUUACAGAAGACAAAAAGUACACUGAAAAUCUGGCAGAAUUAGGUCUCACACGUGAACUCAUAAAUCUCAUCUCGCUCCUAACUCCUCACAUUCAUAACCACUACCAAGUCCCCUGUGUCAUAUCGCCAAAGCUGUUGAAACUGAAAAAGAUUGAGUGCUGCGCAGCUUCAGCCCUAAAAUGUCUGAGUAAGUUUGAGCAGUCACCAGCCUCCCUGCAGGUGCUCGAUAAUGAUCCAGCGCUAAUUCGAACCGUCAGCGAUCUGCUCACUCUUUGGAACUCUUCCGUCCUGGAGCCCUCCAUCGGUGUGGUGGCGACGCUAACCGCACACAGAGGCAUCCUAAUUAAACUUUUGGAUGCACACAUCUUUCGUGUAGUGCUCUCCCUCUCAGAACACCCAGCUAUAGCCAUUAAGGCCGCUGCUCUGAAGGCGGCCUAUAGGCUGCUCCAGCAGGCGCCGGACAAGAAGGCGAUACUCCGACCAGUAGCCUCCUCCCUCCACCAUCUAGUUACGAUGUUGCGUGAUCUGGCUGAGCAGAGUCGGAACACAGUAGAAAAGCAGAAGAAAGCAGUACUCGAGGAGGUAACACGUUGGGGGUUCUCUUUUAUCGCGGAAAUGGAACAAGUAACCCUCUAUCGCACAAUCCUUACAGACCUGGGUGUGACUCGGUUGUUGAUUGGCUAUUUGGAUCAGGCAACCACUACUGACUCGUGCCUAGCUCUUGUAAGGGCACUGAGGUAUGCAUCAGAGGGUCUGAGUAAGUGCUCAGGCGUCCUGACAGAGAAGCACUUGGCUCGACUCUUCUCCUUCCUGAAGCCCCCGCAUGAGGAGCUGCAGCGAACAGCUGGUCAUGUGAUCUAUACCCUCGAUCAACAGCCGGUGAUCUCGAGACGGAUGAAGGAUCUCGGCCUGUCCAACCUGCUAAUCCAGAUGCUAGGCUCAGGCAUCCGGGAGCUACAGCUGGCUGCUGCAACAACAAUUUGUAAGAUGAAACUGAAGUUCAAAAAGAAGAAGAAGAAGAAUAUUUCGACAGAGUACACUACUGGGGAGGAAGGGGAGGAGGAGGAUGAAGUGGAGGAAGAAGUUGUGAGGUUGACGGAAGAGAGCGAUGACUGA